GCUUCGUCUCACUGCUGGAGAUGGCCGCCCACUACUUCAACACCGGCGGCAGCUUUGAGGCGGUGAAUGAGGCCUACAAGCUACUGAUUCCCAUCCACGAGGCCCACCACCGCUACAAGGAGCUGGCCGCCGUCCACAGCCGCCUCCACGACGUCUUUCUGCGCAUCGACCAGAACGAGGGCAAGCGGGUUUUUGCCACCUAUUUUAGGGUCGGUUUUUACGGCGCCCUCUUUGGUGACCUCGAUCGCGAGGAGUUUGUCUACAAGGAGCGCUUUUUGACGAAGCUCCCUGAGGUAGCCCACCGCCUGGAGGCCUUCUACGGCAGUCGUUUUGGCCACCAGCAUGUGGAGGUGAUCAAGGACUCGAAUCCGGUUGAUCUGGGGAAGCUCAGUCCGGAGAAGGCCUACAUACAAAUCACCUACGUGGAGCCGUACUUUGACAGCUGGGAGCUGGAGUCUCGGAUGGCCACCUUUGAGCGCAACUACAACAUUAAGCGCUUCAUCUUCUCCACCCCCUUCACCCUCGACGGCCGCGCCCACGGCAAGCUCUACGAGCAGUGCAAGCGCAAGACAGUGCUCACCACCGCCCAGGCCUUUCCCUACGUGAAGACGCGGGUGCAGGUGGCCGAUCGCCACCAGAUGGUCCUCUCCCCGGUGGAGGUCGCCAUCGAGGACGUGCAGAAGAAGACGAAGGAGCUGGCGGUGGCCACCACGCAGGAGCCCGUCGAUGCGAAGAUUCUGCAGAUGGUGCUGCAGGGCUGCGUCGGCACGACUGUGAACCAGGGCCCGGCGGAGAUUGCCUACGUCUUUCUGGCGCCGGAGGCGAACAUGCCGCCCAAUGCCCAGCGACCGCCGCCCAGUCACCAGGCGAAGCUGCGCGCCGCCUUUAAGGACUUUAGUGCAAAGUGCGGCGAAGCGCUGACCAAAAAUCGCCAGCUGGUCAGCGGCCACGAGCAACAGGUGGAGUACCACAAGGAGCUGGAGCGCAACUUCUACAAGUUCACCGAGCGGCUGGCGCCGCUGAUGGGCCACCCCAAUGCUAAGCAGGCGCUCAUCAGUCUGCGAGAGUCCUACUUUAGCGGAUUUUCCACUAAACCUUCUGCUUCACACACCAAUUCUUUGGAUUCGGCGACGGCGAGCAGUGGUGGAAAGCAGAUGAUGGCUAAUGGAGGAGGAAGUUAUGCGAGUUUGGGCCG